AUGGAGAUGGAGCGCGAACAGAAGAGCCUCUGGCAUGUGGGUAUCGAGUCGCACGAGGGCUCCCUCGAGUCACCCACUGAGCGUGCAAAGACUGUGGUUGACCCGGGGGACGAAGGGGAGAAGCAUAUGAGACAUCUCCAAGAGGGUAAUGGCCUACUGCGAUCGCUGCGCAAUUUCGAGACCUGGAUCGACCGCAAAUUGGGCGUGGAGGCCAUGGGAGUCGAACGAGUACCAGAGGAUAAGCGACGACCACCACAGAAAUUGAAUAUGAUGUUCUUUUGGUUCUCCGUCCUGAUAAGCCCAACGCUGAUCCCUAUCGGCUCACUGGGUCCUAUCUUCGGCCUCUCAGUGCACACCUCAGUCAUUCUGACUAUCUUCGCGGCUCUCCUCGGGACCAUUGUCCCCGCGUUUACCGCAACGCUGAGUCCGCCCAGUGGCCUGCGCCAGGUGGCAGUUGCCCGCUAUGCAUUCGGCAUCUGGGGAGCGAAGCUUUGCGGUCUGCUGAAUAUCAUUGUCAAUGGCGGAUACGCGGUGAUUGCCGCGGUGGUUGGAGGCCAGCUCCUUGUCGCCGUGUCCGGCGAUUCGAUCCCACUCGCAGCGGGUAUUGUCAUUAUCGUCGCGAUUGGCUUCCUCGUAUCCUUUUGCGGCUUCACUCUCAUCCACCACUACGAACGAUACGCCUGGAUCGUUGCCCUGGUACUCAUCUGCGUGACAUGGGGACAGUCCGCCAGGUACUUCUCUCCCACCCCCGGGCUGAGCACACUCAGCGGCAUCGACUACAGCGGUGCCUGUCUGAGCUAUUUCGCCGUCGUCUUCGGCGUCGCCUGCUCGUGGUGUCCCAUCGCAGGCGAUUACUACAUCCACUACCCAGCCGACACAAGCAAAUGGCUCGUCUUCUGCCUCACCUACUUCGGCCAGGUCCUCCCAACCAUCUUCGUCGGCACGCUGGGCAACCACUUCGGUGGCAUCAUCAUGUCCAACGACGAAAUGUCCACAAUCUACAACACAAAGGGAACCGGCGCCCUAAUCCUCGCCACCCUCCGACCAGCAGGCUGGGCCAAAUUCGCCUGUACUAUAUUCGCCCUCACCUUCCUCGCAAACGUCAUAGCCAACAUCUACUCCAGCGCCCUAUGCAUCCAACUUUGGGGCAAGCACUUCCUCGCCAUCCCGCGCUUCAUCUGGUGCGCCCUAACAUCAGCCGUCGUGCUCGCCCUCGCCUGGGGCGGCCGCAACAAGCUCGAAGCCAUCAUCGACAACUUCCUCGCCAUCCUCGGCUACUGGACCCUCGCCUCGGGCUCAUCCUCGCAAUCGAGCACUUCUGGUUCCGGCCGCGGCUCGGCGGCUACGAUCUCAGCGCGUGGCAGGAUCCGACCCGCAUGCCGGUUGGGCUGGCCGGAACAGCGGCUUUGUUGA